AUAAAAUAAUCCAAAGGAAAUAAAAAUAGAUAACGAAGAGAUUUAUACAUCCUUCUUAUUGCUUCUUAUUCAAAACAACGUUUUUAAGCAACGUUUAAAAAUCGUUGAAAAAUAAUUCACGAGCACGUUUUGCCUUGCGACACGGUUUGAGACGUAAGUUUGUAUACGAUGUUGUAUGGGUACAGGUACCAGGCGGGCCGCACAAGAAAGAACUUUUGGAAAAUCUGGAUCGUGUGCCAACGUACGUCCAACAGCUUCAAUUCACCGUGAAGAACCCUACGGUCGGGAAGGCGGCCACUUUUACGAAAGUCGACAACGUGAUACAAGAGACUAAAAAUUUAAUGAACGUGAUUUCGAAAGUGGUCACCACGUGUUUCGUCUGCGCUACAAAGCACAAUGUCACGAUGCCGCAGUACGUGGAGCUGAGCCCAACGGUGCCUGGCCUAGCCGAAGAGGAUUGCUUGUACCCGGUUAGCCCCCAAUUGCUACCGUCCACCAGUCCCUACGUGCAACCCCAUCCCCUCACAUCCGCCCAGUUGCACAACAUUCUCAGAGGUCCAAACUUCAACUUUCCCCAAUUGUUCAAUUACAACAACACGUUGGCAAACAGCACAACUUCCACAACGACGACGAGGAACACGGCCUCCUUCGUCCAUCCAUCCGUCCUCCCAUACUCGUCACCGGUCACGUCCACCCCCAGUUGCGGGCCGCAGGCUCCCUAUUGCCUGCAGAAUCUACAAUUGUUGCAGCUGCAGCUGCAACAGGCACAGCUGCAGCACCUAAGACACGCCACUCUGCCGAGAUAACACAGACUUUCGUUGCACCGCCAACGUGUGCUCUUCACGCGAAGCCACAACGCGAUGCGUUGCUCUUUACGUUGCACAGGUUCGACUUUCGUUUUACUUUUUUUCUUUUUUUCUUUUUCUCCCUCCCUCUUCCAUUAUUUUUUGUCUUUCGUUCUCUCUCGUUUUGCUCUUCUCUCCCCGCUUCUGCUUCGUCGCUCUUCAUCCUUGAUCCUCACGAUCGAUCGAAUUUUUCGGGUCUUUGGAUUUUUGGUGAGAUCGAGACGAGAAUCGAAGUUUGAAAAUAUUUCGGAAUUAAAUCUCGUAUUUUUUCUCGAUACUUUCAAAAAAGUAUUAAUUAUUCACUUAAAUUAUUUAUAGAUUAUAUCUUGUUUAGAUCUCUCACUUUUCAUUCAUCUAUUUUUUUUAAAAAUCCAAUUACCAAUUGUAAAUACAUUGAACAUAAUUAUAUUGAAAAUUAUAAAUAUUUUCUUGUCAGAUCCAUUUGUUUGAUCGAUCGUCUUGGAACAUUUUUCCUUUCUUUUAUUUCACCCGAUAUUGCAUAUUUUACGCGUAGGCUUUGUUUUUUAUAUCGCUCUAAUAAGUUGGCUAAAGAGUUUUUUUUCCUCUUUUUUCUUCUUUUUUUUUUUCUUAUCACACUUUUU